AUGAUGAUGGGCUGUGGGUGGAGUCACUGUCAUGAUGUUAAGACUAGGAGCUGUCACAGUCAUGAUGGUGGGACUGGUUGUGCUAGAUCAUCCUCAGACCAUCGUAAGGAUGACUCAGGGGGGAAAAAAGAAGAUAAAGAUAACCACCGUGGUGUUUUUCAGUUGUUACGAGACACUUGGCUACCAGCUGUGAGGUUCCCCCCACAAGGAACCCGAAAUGCCCCCUUUGCGCCCGCAUGCUCAGCUGCCCGGGGGCCACACGCGGCAAGGAGAAAGCUGCAUGGAUGGCGGUUCGGUUCUCGUGGGUUGCUGGCUGCUCCCUGCCCCUUGGCGGCCCCGGGGGCCCAUUUGCUUGCUAAUUGCUCCUCUCGCAUCGAUUGGGCGGGGGCGUGGGGCGCCGCCGGCUCUAUUUCAGGGCGGACGGCGGCGCCGGGCACCUACCCUGUCCCAUCCCGAUCUUCUUGGACGCGCCGCUCCCUCCACCCCUGCCCCGCUCGUCCCGCGACGCUCCCCCACCUCUCUCCGCGGCCCAGCACAUGGCUGACGCGGGGUUCCCCGGGCCCGCUGCCUCUGCCGGGGGGGACCCCGCCACCGACGAGUUCCGCGACAUCAUCCGCAGCCGCUCCGGCGGUUUUGGGUCGCCUGAAUGUUCAAAGAAGAUUCGUUCUUACACUUUUUAUUUGUAUGAAGAAUGCAGGCUGUGCUUUUGGAAUGAGGGAUGCCAUGGGAAAAAAUGUAGUGGUUAUUAUGGGUUCAAUAUAUGCUUGUAAAGUGUUAAGAGCGAAAUGGGUGUAGGAAACUUGUUUUUAACUUAUGUGUAUGGUGUGGCUGGCUAAUAACCAGAAAUUCUGAUACAUCCUUAAGCAGUUUAAAUAUACAUUAAAUAUAUAAUAAUAAUACAUAUUAAAAGUUGACAGUAAGGAAAAGAUUCACAGAAACUAGGAACUAUGGCAAGUAUUUGUGGAGGUCAGCCAGUACUUUGGGAAGUGACUUUUUUAGUUUGAGUAUGUUCAUGGGCAGAAAGUCCUGAAUGCUGAGGGUGUAGCAAGGGAAGGCAUAGCAGAAAUAAACAAAAAAAAAAAGUGAAAGCUAAAAAAUUUAAAUUAAAGCAUGCAAGAUGUUGAGAAGUGAAGGUUAAUCUCUGGGGCUAGAUCUUCCAUCUCUAGAGGUAUUCAGCCCAGCAGUUUAUAUUUCUUUACAAGUUAAGCUUUGUCUGUGUGUACGUCACUGGACUCCAUGCCUAAGAGUCAGUCAUAAAUCAUCAGCACAGCCAUCUGUCUCAUGAGCACUUCUGGCCAUAGCUGUGUUCACUUGUGAAACUUCUGUUAAUGAAAGAGGUUUUCUACAGAGCUCUUCAGCUUAAUGCUUGCUGCAGAACUGAACUUUUCCCAGAGCUGACUGAGCACCCUGCUUCUUGCUGGCGUGAGGCUUUUGCUGAGCAUCCUCCCUGUGCCCUGCGUGGGGCGAUGCUUAAAAUAUCAGUGCUGAAAAACAGAAUUCAUGGAGUUGUUGGAGUUGGAAGAGACCCCCAAAGGAAGUCUAGUCCAGCUCCCUUGCAAUGAACGCCUACAGCUAGAUCAGAUUGUUUGGAUCCCCAUCCCGCCUGACCUUCAGUGUUUCCAGAGACAACGCAUCUACCACCUCUCUAGGCAACCUGUUCUGCCUGGGAACAGCCUGAGGUAGAUCCAGGUAGAUGUUAAGUUAGUAUUAGCAAACAUACAGUAAAGUAACUGCAAGCAGGACAUGUAACAAGUUGCAGUCAUUUUCCAAAUGCUUAUGAAGUGAGCCAAUCUGGUAAGUGUGGGUCUUCAAUGUAUCACACCUAACGCUGUGAUUAUUGAACAUGUGGACACAGUGCUAGUUGCUGCAUUCAGAAGCUGCAAAAUGUAAAACAUAUCUUUAAUUGAAUUUCUCUGAAGAGCAUGUGGCUUCCAUUGCCUUAGGAUUUCUUUACUGACUUUAUAGUCAAGUAUCAUGAUCAUGUCUAGAUUGUAUUUAGAUGCUUACUACGUGAAAAAUGCACUUGGAAUAGUUUUUUAAAAAUGAAUGUAAAUAAAAUUCUGGCAUCUUUCUGCAAUAAAAAU